UAUGGGGAUAUCUGUAGUUGUCAGCACUUUUUGUCCAGUGGUUGAUCGGCAGUGUUAGUCAAAUCUAUUUUAGGAAUAUUGCCGAGUUCAUGCGUCAGUCGUAGUGUGGGUAAAAACCGACAUUGCACAAUUCACGUGAAAAAAACACCGCCCCAGACUUGUCGAGCACACAGGGUUCUAUCAUUUAUUUGUCAGUAAGCAGCAUUCAGCAUGGCAGCACCACGGAGAUCAGAGGAGAAUUCCAUCUUCCGAAUCCCCCCGUACUUCUACCUGCACUGCCUUGACCAGAAUAGCAAUGUGACCCGCUUGGAAAUCGGGCCCAAGACCUACAUCAGACAAGACAAUGAGAGAGUGGUGUUGGGUCCCGAGAAGAUGAUCAUUGUUCCCCCGCGCCACUACUGCGUGGUGGAGAACCCCGUGAUCCGAAACAAGGACCUGGAGAUCGCCUUCAAUGAGGCGGGGCAGGUCAGGCUUCACCACGCCGACCAGGAGAUCCGCCUCGCCCAGGAGCCGUUCCCACUGUACCCGGGGGAGGUGCUCAAGCAGCCAGUCACACCCCUUAAAGUCGUCCCGGCCAACUCGGCGCUUCGGCUGAGGGCGAUCCUCGACUUCGAAGACCAGACGGGAGAGAAACGGACAGCAGGCGAUGAGUGGUUGUUUGAAGGACCAGGCACAUAUAUUCCCAGGAAAGAAGUUGUCGUGGAAGAGGUUGCUAGGGCGACUGUGAUAAAACCGAAUCAGGCGAUUCGCCUGCGUGCGAGAAAGGAGUGCCUGGACCGUGACGGCAAUGCCCGCGUGACAGGAGAGGAGUGGCUCGUUAAGAAGACAGGUGCCUACCUGCCCGGGGCGUACGAAGAAGUCAUUGAUGUCGUCAGUGCAUACAUCCUCACAGAAAAGAAAGCUCUGCACAUGCGGGCGUUGAGGACGUUCAAGGAUGACUUUGGCAUGACACGGAAGAACGGCGAAGAAUGGCUGAUUACUACCAAGGACACCGAGGCACACAUCCCUCAUGUGUAUGAGGAGGUUGUGGGUGUGAUCAACAUUACUACGCUUUCUAACAGACAGUACUGUGUGAUUCUCGACCCCAUUGAUGAAACGGGAAACCCUCGACUCGGUAUGAAGAGACUGGUGAAGGGAGAGAAGUCAUUCUUUCUGAUGCCAGGGGAGAAGCUGGAAAAGGGAAUUCAGAACGUGUACAUCCUGGGAGAGGACGAGGGACUUAUCCUCCGCGCCACUGAGACGUUCAAGGAGAAGGAUGUCGGGGAAAAGGAGAUAACUCGCAGACCUGGAGACAAGUGGAUGAUCCGUGGACCUAAAGAAUAUGUCCCACCCGUUGAAGUCGAAGUUGUGAUGAAGAGACAGGCCAUCCCAUUGGACGAAAAUGAAGGCAUUUACGUCAGAGAUAUCAAAUCGGGAAAGGUCCGUGGUGUCACGGGUAUAACAUACAUGUUGAACCAGGACGAGGAGCUGUGGGAGAAGACGGUGCCCCCCACCGUCGAGGGACUUCUCCAGCAGGGCAAGGACCCUCUGGCCGACCGUAGUGAUCGCAGUGCGCGCGAGUCCACGCCGAAAACUCGCGACAAGACGCGGGUCAUCAACUUCCGGGUUCCUCACAAUGCGGCUGUUCAGAUCUACGACUAUAAGGAAAAGAAAGCAAGAGUUGUGUUUGGCCCUGAGCUGGUGAUGCUUGGUCCAGAUGAACAGUUCACCCAGCUCAGUCUGUCUGGUGGGAAGCCCAAGAAACCCAACGUCAUCAAGUCUCUGUGUCUGCUGCUCGGCCCAGAUUUCUGCACAGACAUCAUCGUCGUGGAGACGGCUGACCAUGCCCGACUUUCUCUUCAGCUCUCAUACAACUGGUUCUUUGAAAUCAAGUCGAAGUCUCCCGAGGAAGCGGCCAAGCUGUUCAGUGUCCCGGACUUUACGGGAGAUUCCUGCAAGGCCAUCGCCUCCCGUGUGAGAGGAGCUGUAGCUCAGGUCCAGUUCGAUGACUUUCACAAGAAUUCUGCUAAAAUCAUCCGAGCUUCCGUGUUCGGCUUUGAUGAUAAGAACAAGGUGCGCGACCGGUUUAUUUUCUCCCAGAACAGCCUGGUGAUCACGAGCAUCGACAUCCAGUCGGUGGAGCCCGUCGACCAGCGAACCCGCGACUCGCUCAUAAAGUCUGUGCAGCUUGCCAUCGAGAUCACAACCAACUCGCAGGAAGCUGCUGCCAGACACGAGGCUGAGCGACUGGAGCAGGAGGCGCGCGGUCGUCUGGAGCGCCAGAAGAUCAGUGACGAGGCGGAGGCCGAACGCGCCCGCAAGGAGCUGCUGCUGUUGCAGGCGAACAGCGCCGCUGUCGAGAGCACAGGGCAGGCAAAGGCCGAGGCUCAGUCCCGCGCCGAGGCGUCCAAGAUUGAGGGUGAGGCAGCCGUCGAACAGGCCAAGCUGAAGGCUCAGGCCAUGAAGAUUGAGGCGGAGUCUGAGCUGGAGAGACUGACAAAUGCUCGCGAGGCUGAACUGAGAUUCAUCAAAGAGCAGAACGAAAUGGAGAUUGACAAGUCGCGCGAGGUCUCGACCAUCGACACGUCCAAGUUCAAGGACAUGGUGGAGGCGAUCGGUCCGGACACGCUGCGCAUGAUGGCCCAGUCCGGCCCCGAGAUGCAGGUCAAACUGCUGCAGGCCCUCAACCUCAAGUCCACCCUGAUCACCGACGGGUCGAACCCCAUCAACCUCUUCAACACGGCCAACGGGCUGAUCGGAGGAAUGGUCCCGUACAAGCGCCGCAAGCAACAAGAGGAAGCUGAUGAUGAUUCUGAUUAAAAAGAAACUUGUCGCUGAAUAAAUUGUUAACUUAACAGUGAUGAUGAUGCAUAAUCAUGGUUAAUAUGGACCAAGUUAACCCUGAACUGAGAAUGUAAUUGAAAUUAUCAUUUGUUAUAUUAUAUAAUAUACACCCUCCUGUUUUUACAGUCCAUAGCUAAACAUUAUUAUUACGGCCAGUACUAGCUGACAUAUGCCACUUUUAUAACUUAUUAACUUGCAUUUUAGUUUUUUUCAUUAACAUCAGCAGACAAAUGGGGUGAGGUGGGGGGCAACCCUCAGUAUCCCCAGUCUGUAUCUGCACAUGUUUUCUGUCCAUUGCUAAACAAUGUUACUAUAGCCAGUUCUAGCUGAUAUUUGCAAGUUGUAUUGCCUAUUAUCUUGUGACAUUAUCUCUUGAGAUUUUUCUGACCAUAACUCGAUUAAUAAAUAUAAUUGGGGCUGUGCAAGGAUGCUGCUACUGUUUGAUGAAGUGGAAAGGUGUCUGUUGGACAAAACGUUUAGAUAACAAAAACAUUAUUCCUACAUAUUAUCAUGUUAUUUAAAAGUUGACUCAGUGUGGUGCACAUGUGAAGGUUGCCAAGGGUGUUGAAUACCCAUGCAUCAGCCAUCAAUGUAAAUGUUGUAACAGUUAAAUAUUGUGAGGUUGUUGUGAUAGUGUCGAAACUGUUAGUGUUGGGUAUCUUCAUGUCAUUCUUGACAACAGAAUGUCUGCUCAAUUCAGUAAGAAACCUGUAUUUUCAUGUCACCGUAUUUUUCUUUCAUGUUCACACAAUACUGUAUUACAUUGUUGUUUUCUUAUGAUAGAUUCUGUGAGGGUUUUAUAUUUCAAGAAAUGCAUAUGAGUAUUGAAAUGUCAUGUAAUUUGCAAGGGUAACAGAGAAAGAACAGGCCCGUAAUAACUGGGGAGGUGGGAGGGGUGGCGCGGCACAUGCCCCCCCCCCCCCCACUUGUGAGUCUUUUUUUUUAUUUAUUAUUAUUUUUUUUAAUCACAUUAAUGUUUGCCAUUGUAACCAAAAUCUGAUAUAGAGUUUGUACCUGAU